AUGAAACCACGAUCUCCGAUCUCAACAGAUAACUCGGAGACGAUCUUAAUUGAUCUCAUCAUCGAAAUACUCUGGAGAUUGCCGGUCAAAUCUAUAGCGAGAUGUCGAUGUGUAUCGAAGCUAUGGGCUUCCACACUUGCCAGUCCAUAUUUCACAGAGCUCUUCAUGACCAGGUCUUGUGCUCGACCAAAACUCUUGUUCUCCUUCCGAAAUCAUUGUGAGUUGGUCUUCUUCUCGUCACCUCAGAUCCGAGAUCAAGAUGAGAACUCGUCUCUUGUAACAGCCAAUCUUUAUAUGAAGUUCCCCAUUGAUGAUUUCUCUGAUAUUUCUCGUCCUAUCCACGGUUUGGUCUGUGUUACGCAUCUUAAUAUCUUAACGAACGAAAGGGUGACGGUGAUAUGUAACCCUAGCACGGGACAAUCCUUACUUUUACCCAAAGUGGUAACUGUAAACAGUCUUCUUGGGUUUGAUCCUAUUGAUAAACAGUUCAAGGUUCUGUCCACGACCAAAGUGAUUUAUAGAGAAGAUAAUUCUUAUCUGAAACAUCAAGUUUUGACAGUGGGAACUGGAAACCUGUCAUGGAGAAUGAUUGAAUGUUCCAUAUCACAUCAUUAUUAUCCUUCAAAAGAUGGGAUAUGCACUAAUGGUGUUUUGUAUUAUGUAUCUCAGCUCGGUGGGCCACCAAAAGUGUGUGCUAUAGUCUGCUUUGAUGUUAGGUCUGAGAAUUUUAGUGUUAUUAACAGAGCUGAGGACAUGAUACUACGGAUGGUGUCAACUCUUGUAAAUUACAUGGGUAAAUUAGGUGUUUUGUCGAAUGGUGGGUUUGAAGGACUUACUAGAGAAAGUAGAUCUCUUGAGUUCUGGGUUCUGGUAGAUGCUGAGAAACAUGAAUGGUCGAAACAUAAAUACGUAUUGCCCUCUUCGUGGAAGAAUGUAGUUGCAGAGGCCAAAAUAUUCAUCGUUGGAGUGACUAGUGCAAAUGAAAUUGUGUUGUCUCCACGCUAUCUAUCCAACCCUUUCUAUGUUUUCUACUACAACAACGAGAGGAAUACUAUAAGAAGAGUUGAAAUCCACGGAAUGGAUGCAUUUAAGAAUUGUGGAGUUCACAUCUCUCUAGACCAUGUAGAGGAAGUGAAGCUUUUAUAG